AUCUGGAGUGGACUCGAAGAUGCAUUGUCUCAGGGUUUGGUCCGAUCCAUAGGGGUCUCCAACUUCAAUGUCCAACAGUUGCAAAGUCUCAUCCAAACAGUGAAUGUAUUUCCAGCGAUGAAUCAAAUCGAAAGUCAUCCGCAAUUGAGUCAAAGACUACUCAUAGACUACUGCUUCCAAUACAACAUACGAGUGACGGCUUACUCCCCAUUAGGCGCCGGCAGUCUAAUUGGAAAUCCAACUCUUGUGGACAUCGGAAAGAAAUACGGGAAGAGUUCGGCACAAGUGAUGAUCAGAUGGCAAAUACAGAGAGGGGUUGUGGCCAUUCCUAAGAGUACCAAAAGAGAUAGACUUAGAGAUAAUAUCAAUGUAUUUGACUUCACUCUCACUGAGCAAGAGAUGAAGACUAUUGAAGAAAUGUAA